AUGAAAAAAUUAAAUGAGGUACUUAAGCUCGAAAAUGACGAACAAAAGAAGCUCCUUGAGAAACUGCUCAAGGAGAUUGCCCAAUUGAAAACAAAGGUCGAUGCAGAUCGCUCUUUUGGGAAAGAAGAAGCUGGGUCUUUUUUUACUGGAACAUGCAAAAGGGAUGCGUAUGAAGGAGAGUUACUGGAACAGUCAGAAACAUGUAAUGCCAUUGUUUUAUUAUGGAUAAUGAACAAUAUAGCACCUGAACCUUUAGGCGGAGUUGUGUAUGCAUCGGAUGAGCACCUAGUUUGGGAGAAUUUGCGCGAAAGGUUCAACAAAGUGAAUCAUCCAAAAGUAGAGGUUAAGUGGUGCGGCAGUGGCGGCGGGUCGGCGGUGAUGGUGGAUGCCGGCGGUGGUGCGGAUUUUGGGAGGGGUUUGAAGGAAAUGGGGCUUGGAUUCGUGGAGAGAAGGUGGGCGAUUUCCGACAGCGGAGGAGAGACGGCAGUGGCUGGUCUGGCAGAGAGGAGAAAGAAAAGAGAGAGGAAGAAGAAAUGGGAAAGAGAUCAUGCAGAGCAUUUGCAUCAACAGAGAAGUAUGCAAUUUUUAUCUGGAUUAAAUGAUUCGUAUGAUCAAGCAAGAAGGCAAAUUCUCAUGAAAACUACUACUUCUUCUCUCAACCAGGCCUAUGCAAUGAUUAUUCAAGAUGAAAUCCAGCAGACGUUUGGUGCAAACAUGAUAACUGAUAAGGCAGAACCCCUAGCUAUGCAGGCAGGAAAAGGAAAGAGAAGAAAGCAACUCCUUUAA